GAACAGUCUGAGGUUCCUAAAACCAGUGUUUCUGUAAACGCCUAUGAAAAUGAACAGGCAACCACCUCUGAAAUAGAUGAGGCUCCUAAAACCAGUAUAAACAACUUUGAACAUGAAGAGUCUCCCACCAGUGAGAAUUACAGCACUGAUUUAUUCAAUGGCGUCCUCCCCAAACCUUCAGAUAUGAACAAAUCUGAAGAGAAUGAACAAAACGCUGACCAAGGAAGUUUUCAAAGAGAGGAGAAAGAAACGUUUUUUUCCAGAGUUCAAACAAAUCUUUCAGCUCUGUCUUCCAUUAUUACAGCUCCAGUUGAGUCGGUUGGGCGAGGAGUCAUUUUUGUCACCAGGCACAUUUUUAAUAUUGGUCGAGCUCCAUUUACCUCACCCACUAGUGAAACGGAAAAGUCACCCACCUCUGAAACAACUGAGGUUCCUUCACCGAGUGUUUCUGUAAACAACUUUGAAUACGAACAGUCACCCUCCAGUGAAACAACUAAGAUUCCUACAACCAGUGUUAAUAUGAACAACGCUGAAGAUGAAAAGUCUUCAGCCAGCGAGAGUUACAACACUGAUUUAUUAAAUGCCAUUCUUCCUGAACCUUCAGAUAAAGGACCCGAAGAUAAUGAACAAACAGGCAGUCUUCAAACAAAGGAAGAAGAAACUAUUUCUUCCAGAGUUCAAACAAAUGCUCCAAAUCUCGAUUCCUCUUGUAGAGUUCCAGAUGUGCCUGUGGGCCUUAGAGAAGAUUUCAUCACCAGGCACCUCCUUAAUAUUGGUCGAACACCAUUUACCUCAAUUAUUCCAAAUCUCUAUUCCUCUUGUAGAGUUCCAGAUGUGCCUGUGGGCCUUAGAGAAGCUUUUAUCUCUAGGCACCUGCUUAAUAUUGGUCGAGCACCAUUUACCUCAGUUACCACACCCACUAGUGAGACCUCUGAAACAGCUCAGGUUCCUAAAACCACUGUUUCUAUAAACAACUUUGGACAUGAAGAUUCUCCCACCAGUGAGAGUUACAGCAUUGAUUUAUUCAAUGUUGGUCUCCCUGCAGCUUCAGAUAACAGAUCUGAAGAGAAUGAACCAAAUAUUGUCCAAGGAACUCUUCAAAGAGAGGACGGAGACUCUGCUGUUUCCAGACUCCACAGAAAUCUUCCAGGUUUUAAUUCCCUUAUUACAGCUCCAGUUGUGCUUGCGGGCCAAGGAGUCAUUUUUGUCACCAGGCACAUCCUUAAUAUUUGUGGAGCACCAUUUACCUCAUUGUUCAAUCAUUUUUCAGCAAUUAUUCAGCGUAGGUUUCCCCAUGGAGCUAAUUCAGGCCUGAUUCCUACAAUCAGAAGAUGGUUAGAUAUAAUUUCUUGGAUGACUUCAGUAAUUGGUGCACUUGCACUUUUAGUUUUACUUAUAAUAGUCAUCAUGGUAAUUCACUAAUUCUAACAAACAAACAUGAAAUUCAGUAUCCUUAGCAUAAAAUUACAUCACAAUUAUGCCCCCAGCCAGUCACAGCAGAAGGCUGCCCCUCCCUGAGUCUGGUUCUGCUGAAGGUUUCUUCCUAUUAAAAGGGAGUUUUUCCUUCCCACCGUCGCCUUAGUGCUUGCUCAUAGGGGAUCGUUUGAUUGCUGGGGUUUUCUCUCUAAUACUGUGGGGUUUUAACCUUACAGUACAAAGAGCUUUAAAGUGCCAGUUCUAACACAGCAUUAUUAAAUAGACUUUAAAUGGCUUCAACUGAAAAAACAUUACUUAAUAAAAAUAAAUAAAUCAAUAAAUAAUGGUGUGUGUUUGUUUCAUUUUCUAUACCAGGGUAACUGCUAAAACUUAGUGGGUUAUAAUUUAUGUAGCUUUUAACAGAUUAUUGUUGUUUCAAAUGUGACUGUGCUGAGUGGCCGUGGCACUGUGCGCACUUAAGUGAUAUUGGUGAUUGGAAGCCAGUGUUUUAGUCUUCUCCUUUUUUUCCUGAUUAGUUUAUUUUAUACUUUAUUUUUAAGUCUUGGAUCUAUUUUUAUGGGUCGCUCUGGUUUUAAAAACAAAUUUAAACCUCUUACUGGUCAUUAACACAAAUGCAGCGUUUACCUGUACAGGGAUUGACCACUAGAGGUCCUUUUACUCAAGGUUUACAUUCAUCAGCAACUUCCUUGACAAAUGCUAAAUGCUGAUCAGAUUAAAUAGGAUUAUCAAGGGACAAUACAUUUUGUUCUUAAUAUAUUAUAUUAUUUCAUCUCUCAUGUGUUUUCUAUGAUUCAUAUUUUAUUGAUGAGACCGUCGAAAGCGAGGUAGCAAAUACUCAAAGAUUAACUAGUCAGGACAUGUGAUUUCUACAUUUCUACAGUUUUUUUACAGGGUGGUCUUUGGCAUGUUAUCUUAUUUUUGGUGAAUAAAACAAAACCACCAGUGAAAUUUUUUUUAGAUUUAGUAAAUUGUAAGUAAAUUUUAACUCAUGCAGUUGUAACCCCUUUAAACAAUCGUUCGUGUCCUGCAGGAAAUGGAAUACCAAAUGAACUGACUAAAGGGGGUGCCUGUAAAAAUUCCUGAGGUUCUUCUGCCCACUGGUGCUGCUGCAGCUGAUUUCUAUCAACAAGAGGUGGGAUCACCUGCAAAGAGACUGCAAUUUUUGGUUUGGGGCCUUUCCCCUCUGAAGAAGCCAAACAGUGGACUGAAACUGUUUGUGUCUCAUUUUGAUUUGUGGGCACUGUACCAAAAAUGUGGUUCAUCAUAAUUAUGGAACAUUUAAAGAUGCAGUUAUAUUUCUUAUUGACAUCACCAGAAAUUGUGUGUGACUUCUUAUGGUGGUGUUCAAUAAAGAAGUAUAAUUAUUUUUAAGAAUAACAAAAAGCCAUUUACUAUAGAGUAAACGGUGAAAGCUGCUUCUAUUUAGAACAGUUACAAUAUUUUGUUUGAUCUGAUUUCUUGCAAUAAACAGAGACAAUUUGCAAUUCUCUAAUUCUUUGUAACAGGUCCUUUAUAAAGAAUUCAGCUUUUGUGUAAACACCCAAGUUCACCUGAUAUCUGGGAAACAAUGCAACAAUUUAUUUUAAUAAUUCUAUAAUGAAGUGUUCAAUUGCAGUUAGAAGCCACUGCUCCAAACCUCGUAAUAAACAUCAAACAGGAUUAAAACCUCAGGACAACAAAGAAAACAAGAUGACAUCAUUACACAGAAAACCACAAAUCAAAUAGAACAAGCAAAUGUGUUCUUAAAAAGCCUCAGAGGUUGCAGGUUGUUACCUCUGAACAGUUUCACCCUGGUUCUUGGAUUCCUCAGGCCUCCAGAGACAACACCGGGACUCAGUAGUCAAUUCACAACACUUUUAUUCAUCCACACUUAUUAAUACAGCUUAUGGAAAGGGAGAUGUACAGGAACCCCAGAAUUACUCUGCAGAUCUCAACUUCGUUGUCUGUUACACACAGUUUUAUAGAAGUGACCCCCAUUCUAUACGAUGUGCCAUAAAACUAAACACUGUGUUUGUAUGUUUGUGUGCGUGCGAGCACGCGAGUGCCUGCGUGUGUGCGUACCUGUGUGUAAGUGCAUGUGUAUAUAUGUUUAUGUACCUGUGUGUACGUGACUUCCUGUGGGUCAUAAAAGUCCAUCUCCCUUUCAAGCCAAAGUUAUCCAGUUACAAACAUUUAGAUCCCCACCCAGGUAUCCCCUGGGCAAUUUCCACUCAGCUUUAGCUUCUCUUUGUCCUGUUUUCACAGCUCAAGGUGGGGAGGGUCUCUUACAAGUUUACUCCUAAGUUUAUGUCACGUUUAGGCCUAUAUUACAUCCAGGGCAGUGUCAGUGUCUCUACUAUACUUCUACAUCCUAUCUAGCACAUUUCUAAAACCUAAAAUAAGCUACAAAUAUCUUCAAGUUCCUCUUUCUCUGUAGGAUAACCAAAUCAAUUAAACCAAGUGCUGUGGUGGUGAUAUGAAAUUCAACCUUUGCAGCCUCUGUAGCUUUCUAGUAACACAUUUGCCUUUUCCUUUUCAAACAAUUUUACAUGAGUUACACAUUAUGUCUCUUCAAAGAGAGUCAGAACAGCAUGGAGACCCUUAACCUCGUGUACCUUACAAUCAAAUUCUUCUCUGCAUUUAAAACCAUGAUCUGCAGUUAACAGCCACACUGCUCCACACAUCCAACAUCAGCAUCCG